AUGAAAUUGCUGAUAUUAACAGCAAUUGUCAUUGGUACAGUUUGUAGUGUGAAUGUGCCAACAACUUCAUACGUAACUUAUCAUGGAUCAAGCCCCAGUUACAAUCCAUUUAUCAAAUCUUUUUCACCGUCAAAGCCAGCAACUUUUUAUGAUAAUUCAAACUCUUAUUUCGAAAGUGGACCAUCAACCUUCUUCUCUCAAGCACCAGAACCAAUUCCUUCACAAAUGUGCCCAGCCACGCCACCAUUAUGUGCAAAAUCACGUUAUCGUACAUUAGAUGGAACAUGCAACAACCUCCAAAACCCAUUGUGGGGAUCAGCAAAUAAUCGUUACGGUCGUUUGUUGACACCAAAAUAUGGCGAUGGAAUUUCAAGUCCACCAACUUCGAUUUCUGGUGAAGAAUUACCAAAUUCAAGAUUAGUAUCAUUGGUUGUUUUCGGUGAAGCUGACGUUCCUGAUCCACAAUACACAAUUGUUAAUAUGCAAUGGGGUCAGAUAAUGACACAUGACAUGAGUAUGCAAGCUGGUGGAACUCAAUCAAAACGUCAUGCAACGAGAUGUUGUACAGAAGAAGGAAAAUUAAUCUCGUCUGGUCAACAUGCCACUUGUUAUGCAAUUAUCAUACCAAAGAAUGAUCCAGCACAUUCACAAACGGGAACUGAAUGUCAGAACUUUGUUCGCACGUUAACUGACCGUGACAAUAAUUGCAAGGGAACUACAUCAGUGAAACCAGCGGAACAACUGACAACUGUGACAGCUUUCAUGGAUUUAUCGCUUGUUUAUGGAAAUUCAGAACAGCAAAAUCGCCCAAUUCGUGCUUUUACUGGAGGUAGAAUGUUGGUUGAAAAUCGCGGUGGACAUGAAUGGCCUCCACAAGACACAAAUGCAACAGCAUCAUGCGAUGCACAAAGUCAAGAAGAAACUUGUUAUCUUGCUGGCGAUUCUCGUGUUAAUCAAAAUCCCGGACUAACAAUCCUUCAAAUCGUUCUUCUUCGUGAACAUAACAGGCUCGCUGAUAAUCUUCAACAUGUGAAUCCUCAUUGGGAUGACGAAACAAUUUUCCAAGAAGCUCGAAGAAUCAACAUUGCUCAAUAUCAAUACAUCAGUUACUAUGAAUGGCUUCCAAUCUUCUUAGGAAUGGAGAACAUGUUAAAGAAUCGUUUGAUCUAUCAAACAACCAAAGGAAGCUACGUUAAUGAUUACAAUUCCAAUAUCGAUCCAUCAGUUCUCAACUCUCAUGCAACAGCUGCUUUCAGAUAUUUCCAUUCACAAAUCGAAGGGAGAUUGGAUCUUAUUUCAGAGUCACGAUCACGUGUCGGCUCAUUGCGUUUGAGCGACUGGUUCAACCGUCCAGUUAUCGUUGAGUCCGGAGAUAAUUAUGACUUCCUGACUCGCGGUAUGGCGACGCAGCCUGAAGAGUUAACAGAUAUUAAUUUUGAUGUCGAAAUUAAACACUUUUUGUUCCGACGCGGUAUGCCAUUUGGCAUGGAUUUGAGAGCCAUUGACAUUCAAAGAAAUCGAGAUCAUGGACUUGCAAGUUAUAAUGACUUUAGACAGUUCUGUGGACUUCCACGUGCACAUAGUUGGGAAGACUUCUUGGAUUUAAUCUCACAAAGAGAUGUCGACAACUUAAAAUCACUUUAUAAAAGUCACGAAGAUGUUGACUUGACAGUUGGAGCUUCCUUGGAAUCUCAUGUCGCUGGAGCUUUAGCUGGGCCAACGUUCUUAUGCAUUCUCACUGAACAGUUCUAUAGAACUCGUGUUGGUGACAGAUAUUUCUUCGAGAAUGGACAUAAUGAAGGUGCUUUGUCACGUGAUCAAUUGAGUGAGAUUCGUAAGUCGAGUAUGGCAAGACUUUUAUGCGAUAAUGGCAACAGCAUUGAAAUGAUGCAACCGAAAGCUUUCCUUAGAAUUGCUGACAACAAUAAAAUUGUUCCUUGUGAAGAAAUUCCACAAAUAGAUUUAAGUUUGUGGCGUGAUAAAACGACACUUCCAUCUUAUUAUCGUUUCGAUGGACAAUGCAAUAACGUGAUUAACCCUUUGUGGGGUUCUAAACAGUCGCCAAUAAUUCGUUUACUGAAAAAUGGCUUCGACGACGGAAUCAAUCCGAAUGAGUCGGAAGAGUCAGCACGAGAUGAUUCCGUCAUUGCAAAUCAUGCGAAGGGUAUUAGUGAUCAGACAGUGCAGGAAGUUCAUAACGAUAUGAGUACAAUGAUGGGACAACUUUUGACACAUGAAAUGCUUGAAACGAAAAAAACGCAAGUUUUCAGUAAAGCUGGAAAAGGAGGAUUUAAUUGUUGUAAUCCCACAAAGAAUGAAACGCUCGAUCAGGUUAUCAAAAUCAAUAAAUAUUGCAUGCCAAUUAAAGUUAAAACAAGUGAUUCAUGCUAUCAAGGAAACGUUAAAUGUUUAAAUUAUAUUAAAACAUUAAAAGCAAUUGACGAUUGUGGUCUUCAUGAAUCUCCAAUGCCGAUUAACUUCCACACACCUUACAUUGAUGCUGAAUUGAUUUACAAUGAAAUAAGUGCAAAGCAUUUGCAUGAUAAUGGAGGGAAAUUUGAUUUCGAUAAUGAUGAGAAGAUGAAGGAAAUUCUUGUUGGUUACGACGUCAGAUCGAUGCAACUUCCAGGACUUUUCCUUUAUUUAAGUUUCUUUGCACAUUUGCAUAAUAUGUGCUUUGAUGAGAUGAAACGUAUUCAUGGACAGAACAGCAACGAUGAAAUUUCAUUUGAAUGUCGACGAAUCACAACAGCAAUUUAUCAAAGAAUUUUUGUUGAUUUUGUUGCACAUUUGCUUCCUGGACCUCAAGCAUCAAAAAUUAAUGGCUUAAGAAAAUGCUACGAUCCAUCACACAAUCCACAAGUUUCACUCGAAUUCAAUCUUUCUCUUCGUUUCUUUCAUUAUUUUCUCCGUCAAAAAAUGUUCAUUUAUGACGAGGAAUUUUUUGCAGUCAAAAAUGGUUUGAGAGGAAAAAGUCCAUCGGAAGUAGAUUUUCCUGAUUUGAUUGAUAAUUUAACUUUUUAUACUGACAAUCAAUGCGGUUUAACUCAUGGAUUGCUUGAUACUUCAUGGAAUCUUGGAGGACUUCAAAGCAAUAUUCAUUGCAACUUUUUCGCACCAAAUAAAACAUCGCUCGGCAUUGAUUUAAGAAGUCUUGAUUAUCAGUUGGGAAAAGAGGACGGUCAACCUUCACUUACUGAGAUUCUUAGAGAGAUUUGGAAGAUUGAUAAAUGUGAUGAAGAGUUUACGAUUAAAGAUAUGAUUAAUCAUGAUGACAACACAAGAAGAAUGUUUAUGGAUCGAUAUGACAAUAAACUUAGUAAAGUCGGCUUUACAAUUGCGACUGACUUUGAAGAUCGGCGUGGAAAUCUUAUUGGACCGACUGUGGCUCAUGUCAUCACUGAACAGUUUGAACGAACGAUUUGUGGUGACAGAUUUUACUUUGAAAAUUUAGAUAAUUUCAGGGAAGAUCAAAAAGAAGCAAUAAGGCAAUGGACACUUUUCGAUCUCAUUUGUUUAGUUCAUGAUUGCAAGGAUACGCGCAUUCAACAGACAGCAACAUCGUCACCAGGAUUUGGAAACUUGAAGUCAACAUGUCCAUCCAAAACUGAAUUAAUUCAACGACUGACGAAACUAGCGGAUUGCGCCAUUCGAACUCCUUACAAACGACUUUUAAAAAAAUUCUUCGAUGACUCUGUUCACGAAGUUAGGUCAAAGCCUUGUGAUGUUGAUUUUGGUGUUGGUGCAAGUAUGCAUGCUGCAAAAGAUAGCAGUGACCUUCUAGGAAAACCUUUGAUUUUAUCAAACCACAGACAAACUGCUUCGCUCUUUUAUGAUCAAAUCAAAUUAACAAAAGGAGACGCAGACAUUCCAACACUUUUCUUGAAUUAUUCAAAUUGCUUUUUUGAACAACAAAACCUUUCAAAGCCUACAAACUUUUCCACUUCGGAAUAUCGAUCGAUUGAUGGAACUAACAAUAACAUGAAGCAUAGAAAUUGGGGAGCAAGUCAUACAUCUUAUGGUAGAUUUCUUAAAGCUCAUUACGAUGAUAAUAUUCACGCAGUAAGAAAAAGUAUUCGAGGCUACACAUUGCCAAGUCCAAGAAACAUUGUUCGGAAACUUUUCUUGAAUGACGAAGUUCAUUUGAAUAAAUUUGAAGGGCGGAAGAAUAUUCCAAAUAUGCUUGCCGUAAUGUUUGCUAAAUUUAUAGCUAAUGAUGUUGGUUCUCAACAAAUUGUACAAUAUGCUGAUGGAAGCAAUGAAGGAAUUCGAUGUUGUUCACAUUUUAAUAAAAAUUGUUUGCCCGAAUCACUGAAACAUUCCGCAUGUUUUCCCAUAACGAUAUCAAGAAGUGAUCCAAUUUAUGCGCCGAAGAAUGUAAAGUGUAUGAGUUUUGUUAGAUCAAGUUUAAUAUCGAAUAAUCCAUACCAAAUUGAAAUUGGAGAAAAGGCAAAUGUUGUCACAAGCUUCUUAGACCUUUCGACAAUUUACGGUUCUGAUUACAAAACAAUGAAGAAGAUUCGAAGCUUUAACGGUGGAAGACUUAAAAGUAACUUGAGAAAUGUUUUACCAAUUGACAAAGGAAAUUAUUUUUCGGGGGAUGUUCGAGUUAAUCAAACACCUUUCUUGGCUGUUUGGCAUUCAAUUUUCAUAAGACAACAUAAUAACUUUGCUGACAAACUUGCAAUCAUCAAUCGACAUUGGAAUGAAGAGAAACUUUUCAAUGAAGCUAGGAAAAUUAAUAUUGCAAUUUAUCAGAAAAUCAUUUACGAAGAAUGGCUUCCACUUUUCUUAGGAACAAAAUAUUGUGAAAGAUACGAGAAUAUUGUUUACAAUGUUGACGUUAACCCAAAGACGACAAACGAGUUUGCGGCAGGAAGUUUUCGACAUUUUCAUGCAUUUAUUAAUUCUCAGUUUGACUUGUUCGAUGGGGAGAUGAAAGUUAAAAGUUUUAAUGUAUCAGACACAAUCAACAGGCCGAAACUUUUGGAGAAUUUUUAUGAUGAAAUCUUACAAGGGCUUUCAAAGCAACCGAUGAAUCUUCUUGGCUAUUCAAAUGAAAUCCUGAAUAAAUUAUAUAAAAAUAAGGAAGACCUUGGUCUGGACCUUCUAUCAAUUGAUAUUGUUCGUGGUCGAGAUCAUGGCAUUCCACCGUAUCAUCAAUUUAGGAAAAUUUGCAAUAUGAAUUCAGACAUUAAAAUUUUCAACGAUUUAUAUCCAGAAGUAACCGCGAAUGCAAUAACACAUUUAAGGCAAACAUAUAAAUCUGUUUAUGAUAUUGAUUUGUUGGUCGGUGGAGGUUUAGAAAGUGUUACAUCAUCUUCUAAUCAAACAGAAGAUGAACUCGGAUUUCUGGGACCAACAUUUCAAUGUACAAUUGGUGAACAAUUUUAUCGAUUUAAAGCUGGUGAUUCAUUCUUUUAUUCACAUGCGGAUAAUUUCACUCCAAUUGUUCUGUUGGAUACCACCAAAGAGGCAACAUUAGAAUGGACCCGUUAUCCAUACGGACCUCAGGCACAGACACCAGGCUGGGUUGAGGAGUCGUUUACAAACUAUGGAAAAGGAAUAAAUUGGAGGAGUUAUGUAGUGUGUGAUGUUGCAUAUCAGGACGUUAACAAUUGGCUUUGGUCACCGUUCAUUGAUCGUGGACCAGCUAAUCGCUUAUACAUCGAAAUUCAUUUCACGAUAAGAGAUUGUUCACUUUUCCCGGGCAAUGCCCUCAGUUGUAAGGAGACGUUCAGUCUUCUCUUCUAUGAGUUCGAUGCAGUGACUCGUGAGCCACCGCCAUGGCAACCCGAAAGUUACAAGCUUAUUGGACGAAUAGCAGCGGGGGAAGGUCGUUUCAAUCACAAUUCGGAUGUUGACAUUAACGUUGAGACGAAAAGCAUUGCUGUAACAAAGAAAGGCGUUUAUUUUGCAUUUCGGGACCAAGGCGCAUGCAUUAGUGUGCUUGCUGUUAAAGUUUAUUACUUAACAUGUCCAGCAGUUACAGCGAAUUUUGCACAUUUUAAUGAAACACCGACAGGACGUGAAGUGACAGUGAUUGAGAAACAACAAGGUGUUUGUGUUGAUAACGCCGAACCAAUUGAUCAGCCAUCGUAUCAUUGUAAAGGUGAUGGAAAGUGGACAUUGCUGUUAGGCGGCUGUCGUUGUAAAGUCGGUUAUGAGCCCGAUGAAGAGAAGCAAAGUUGCAAAGUUUGUCCUGCUGGAACAUUCCGUUCAGCAGAAGUUCCCGUUUGCACACUUUGUCCAUCAAAUUCAAAAACAAACAAAGCAGGUUCAAGUCACUGCGUUUGUGUGUCGGGUCAUUAUCGACAUCCACUCGAUGGAAAGCACAUGCCGUGUCAUAAACCACCAGGACCUCCAGUGAACCUUUCAUUGCUGUUCAUUGAUCAAACAAGCGCAAUUUUGUCGUGGAGUCCACCGAUGAAAGGAACUGAAGAUCAUUUAUUAAAUCAACAGUUCCGGAAUGACGUCGUGUUUCGAGUCAAAUGCACAUCAUGUGCCAACAAUGUCGUUUUCAAUCCUUCUGGUGACGUUUUCAAUGAAACAAAAUUAACAUUGACAAAUUUAGAUCCAGUGACGACAUACACAGUUCAAAUUCAUACACUUAAUGGUCCAUCUUACUCACUUGGAAAUAAUUACAAUUAUAAUUUGUCAUCUUUUGGAGGUAAUGAUGUGACUGAGAGUCCAUUAAAGCAGAGAAAUAAUUAUGGGAUGGACAUCAAGACGGAAUAUGCUGAAAUAUCAUUUACAACUGAAUCAGCGAUUUUAAGUACAAUUUUUAACAUCAAAAUUGUGACAAUCACGAGUAAGGAAGUUGAAUUGGCAUGGGAUAAGCCAGUUCAUAGUGAUUCACCAAUUGAGUUCUAUGAGGUUCGCUGGUUUCCUAAAACAGAAGUUGAUGCCAUCAAUAAAACAACUUACAGUACCAAGGAGACAAAAGCUGUGUUGUCAGAUUUGAUGGAGAAUACCGAAUAUGGCUUUCAGAUUCGAUGCAAAACACUUAAUGGAUGGGGAACUUACAGUAAUAUCGUUUACGCUCAAACGCUUCAGAGUAUUACGCCAGUGUUUAAUGAAUCAUCAGUUCAAAAUCGUCUCGUUGCUGGUGCAACCGUUUUGAUUGUCUUCAUUGUUGUGCUUGGAAUUGUCGCAACAGUUCUCGUUUUACGUACGAAAAAUCAAGAUGAUUUGGAUAAGAAAACUAGUAAUCAUUUGCCAUUACCUUUAGAUUACGCUAGCAAUGAAGAAGGUGGCUAUAAAUAUUAUUCUGCUCGCCGCAAUAAUUUUGCAGUGACAACGCCACUUUUUGGAGCCAACCGAACAACCUACGUUGAUCCACACAACUAUGAAGAUCCAAAUCAAGCGAUACGUGAAUUUGCCAGGGAAAUCGACGCCAGUUACAUUACAAUUGAGGCGAUAAUUGCAACAGCCGUUGUUGUCUUUAAUACAACCGAACAAUGGUUGUCAGAGAUAAAAAUGGGACGUUAUGCGCAACAUUUUAAAGAUUCAGGAUUAGUAACCGCUCAACAGGUCGCUCGUCUGACAGCUCAACAACUUUCUGAUAUGGGAAUCACGCUUGUCGGACAUCAGAAGAAAAUACUUCAUCAAGCACGUCAGCUCGAUACUGUAAUUUAAAGACACUGAUUAAUUAUUACAUUAAUACUUGGCAACUGAAGUGAUUCAUCUUAAACUAACUGAAAUCUCUUCUCUUUUUAUCUUUGCUUGUUCUCUUCUCACUUUUUUUACUUUCUUGUGAUUUCAUUCCACGCAAUGAUUUUAAUCUCCUGCAAAAACAAAAACAUAAAAAAAGAAUAUCGAGAUGGACAAUUUUCUGGCGACGCCAACUUCCAUGUUUGUAUGAUCUCCGAAAACUUCACAUUACAAUGAAUGUAAUUUGUAAAUAUAUUUCUUUCUUCUUCUUCUUCAUCCAUUCUAAGAAUUUCACAGUGAAUGAAGGGGCGCUUUGGGGGAUGCAUCCAUCAGUCAUGUCACGAGAAUUUAUUGCCUAAUUGCUUGAAAAGAAUUUUUUGUACACUUGAAUUGGAAAUCUUGCGAAAUGUCGGUGAAAGAAAAGAUCAUCUUUAAUUGCUUAUAAAACUUCUUCCAUAUGUGACAACAUAGAUGGAUCAUCCCUUUUGUCCAAAUAAACACGAGAAAGGAAAAAAGAAAACACCAUCUUUAAGUAGUCCAUAAAUUGGAUUUCAUUUAAGAAAUUAGCAAUUUUUUUAAAAGAAAAAUUAACACAAUGAAAAGCUUAGAAGAAUUUUAGUAAAAGAAAAAUUUUCAUUUUAUCUUUCGAUGAACCUUUCUUCACAUUAUUUGAUUGAAAAUGUUGAAUAAUUAUUAUGAUAAUCGAUAUCCAGCCAGUAUUAAGAUCUUCCUGAUUUGUGACUUUAAAAUUGGAUAAAAUUCUGUUGAAAGAAAUUAAAUUGAAUGAAAAGGAAAACUUUUCUCCACCCAUGUUAUUAAUG